CCCCAAUAUAUUCACCUCCACCCCUCACAACUUUCUUCUCCUACACCUUUCUACACCAGGUGGACUAUCCACCAAGUAACAAGAGUUGGCCACACCGAAUUCAUUUGCAGCACUUGGCUGAAUCGUCGAAGAAUGGCUCCAAAGCGUUCUACCAAGAAUGUUAAACUCACAACCAUGUACAACUGCUUGAUCACAGGAGCCUUCUCCGACCUGAAAAUUACCUGCGGUGAAAAGACCUGGAAUGCCCACCGAGUGGUAGUAUGUCCCAAAUCGUCGUUUUUCAGAGCAGCCUGUGCUGGAAACUUCAAAGAAGCUACCACUGAGGUUAUAAACCUUGAAGACGACAAUCCAUUGAUGGUGCGAUUUAUGAUGGACUACUUGUACACGGAUGACUACGACCUCGACCAAAUACUUCCCGCAGGGAGCCCCAGCGAACUAAGCAUUCAUAUACAGAUGUAUUGCCUUGGGGAUAAAUAUGAUAUUGAGGGUCUACGCCACGUAUCCGCCUGCAAAUAUCGAGACUCUUUGGAAGGCCAAGAAGCGACUUUCGAAGAAUAUUUAGCAUCUAUCCCCAAAGUCUAUCUGCCACCAGUAUCAAAGGAUUUACAGAAAGCAGCAAUCGAUCACGCAAGGCUGAAGUUGGGCAAGAGCAAUUGUUCGGACGAGUCAAGGUCUAUGCUCAAGCGUGUCAUGCAAGGGAUCCCAGAAUUUGGCUCUGACCUAAUUGAUGCCGUUCUCGCUGCGCCGGUUCCACGCAUGUGCGAGGACUGCAGAGACGAUGAUAUGCAUGUGGAAAGGCUAGCCAUAUGUCACGUUUGUGGCGUCAUCAUAGAGUAA